AUGGACGAGAUAAAGAUGAAGGAUCAUAGGAGCAAGUUUGGUGGAAAUGAGAGAGUGAAAAGGUCUCUUCUCAACACAUUAAGAAGAGAAUUUGAGGUGUUGGAAAUGAAGAAACGAGAAACGAUCAAAGAUUAUUUUCCUAAUGUAAUGGCUGUAACAAACUUGAUGUAUAGCAAUGUGGAGAUAAUCUCUGACUUGGUGACAGUGGAGAAGAUUUUGCAGACCUUGAAAAAACGUUUCACGUAUGUGGUAGUAUCUAUCGAAGAGGAAAAAGAUGCACAUACCAUCUCUAUUGAUGAAUUGCAAAGUUCAUUAUUUGUACAUGAACAGAAGUUUAAGAGAAUGGAAAGAGAAGAAGAUCAUGCCUUAAAAGUUAUUGCUGGUAACGAAAGGUUUAAGAGUAGAGGACAUGGUGCAAAUUCAUACAGAGGGCGUGGAAGAGGCAGAAGGAGAUCAUUUGACAAAGCCCGGGUAGAAUGCUAUAAAUGCCACAAAUUGUGGCAUUUUCAGUAUAAAUGUCCAAGGUAG